AUGGAAUGUUCUUCUGAGUCUGGAAAGGGAAUGAUAACAGAUGCGACAGAAAAUAAUCCCUUGCCCCCGGAAACGAGCAUCCCCAAGAAGGAACUGAAGACGCUCCCACCAGGCCUCAAGUAUGCCUAUCUAGAAGACAAUGAGACUUUUUCAGUCAUCGUCAACAGCAACUUGACCAAGGAACAAGAAAGAGACCUACUUGAGAUUCAGGUCAUGGAGUCUACAUCCAAAGCAGGGAACCCCACCACAUCCGCCGAUUUCGAUGCGGCGGCGUUCAUGUCAGACUUGGUGCAGAAAUUCAGAAGUGCGGAGGAAGCGAUGAAGGCUUUCACCCUCUUCACGACAAUGAUGGAAAUACCAAAUCCUACUGCGUUAGCAACCACCACUACCACAGCGCCACCACCGUCUACGAUUCCGGUAGAUUCGACGGCCCAACCCUCUAUUUUACAUACAGAGGCCGAACCGACCAUUAGCGCGCCGGAGAAAGACGCUGCGGUAGGCGAAGAAAAAGAGGAUGAGGCUGAUCUGGCGGCGGGGUUUGAACAGAUGGUGGUUGGAGACCAAAGGUUAGCCCGUGUUGUUGAGGGGGAAACCCCUGGUUUUUCUACAAAUGUUGGUUGUGAAGGUAUUGCUGAGGGGGAAACCCCUGAAAAGUUUGUGGGCAGUGAAGCCCUUGGUGUUGAUCUGUUAGUUGCUGAGGGGGAAACCCCUGUUUACAUUGAGGGGGAAACCCUUGGUUUGUCUGAAGGGGAAGAGGCCCCCGUUACUGAGGACGUUUCAGUGCUCAAAGGCAGUGGGCUACAAUUGAUGGUAGAUCUGGUAGAAAUUUCGGAGGCCACAAAUUCGCCGGUGGAUAAAAGGGAGGCCAGACUUAGGGCCAGGAGAAGCUUAAGGGAUGAGAUCGAAGAUCUCACCCUACCCACAGAGGAGAAGUGCCUAGCCCCGGGAACAGAAGGCGGACAAGGGGAGAAGAUCCCUGGGUCUAGCAAGAAGGAGGACGAAGCAGAGGAGCGCCGUUUGGCGGAGGAACGCAAAAGAAAAGGCAAGCAUGCUGCUACCUCCCGGAUCAAGAAGUCCAAGCAGAAUACAGCGGGCAAAUCUGCUGAGGCUCCACUCCCUGCUCCUACUAAAGUUCCCUUCGCCAAGGAACGAGUUGGCCCUACUCCGAGUAGUGAGUCCGAAGAGGAAGAGAUGGAUGAACAAGAUGAGGAGUUGAAUUUUGAGCCAGCAGAAGUCUGGUUGACGAAAGGAUUGUUGGAAGCAAUGGGGAAGUUUGAGGAUCCAAAGAGGGCGGCAACGUACAAAGAGCGGUGUGGUUCUGGCAAGCUAGCGAAAUCCGAGAAACGGUACGAUCGGGAAGAGUUACGGGAGAUGGACUCCGAUGAGGAGUUCCGUCAGUACAUCGGUGCAAUUGGGUUUGACUGGCUUUUAAAACAUAGUGACGCGGAGGUGCCAAUAGCAUUGGCCCGGGAGUUUUUCUCAACUUUCUGCCUGAGAACUACCACCGAUCUCGACGCGGAUUCGAUUACUUUCUGA